UGUGCCUGCAGCUAAUGCAUGUUCUCCUCGACUAGUUCUACCUUGCAAGCCACUCCCUUUGGAGCCUGCCUGCUGCUGCCAAACAGGCAUUCAGUCGGCUUGGAUUAGUUUACGCCGGCAAAAUAAUUUGGGACUGAGAAACUGCUGAGAUCUCGCAUUGUUUAUUGCAAAGCAAGUUUUGCCACAUCAAAGAAAAGAGAAUGAGAAGAAACGGUGACCUGCUGCCUGCCGCUUGGAUUCCGCCGGUUCUCCUAGCACUGCUGCUGGUUGAAGCCGCUCCACGAAGCUUGGCGGCGACUGCAAGUUCCUGUCCCAGUGGCUGGAGUCCGGCCGUUGGUACGAUAUACGACAGUUGGCCCAAGCCGGGUACGACAGAGUGCGUGGCGUACUCCGGCUGCACAUGGGCAGGCAUGUUCAACAACAUUGACGGUGGGAGCUCCAAGCCCUGUAAAAAUGGCGCCCAGUGGCUGAAUGGCGGCAAUGGCAAAUACGAUUGUCGCUUCCCGGAGGCCACCGUCAGGGGCUGGAACAUAGCUGCGACUUACCAACUGGACAACGCCCUGUUGGGGAAAAAGCUGCAGGUCAUGGUUCAGGGCAGGCCAAAUGUGACGGUGACGGUCAACGUCAAGGAUGUCUGCAGUGACUCAGACUGCGGUGGGUGCUGCCGGACGAACACGGGCAACAAGAGGUGGAAACUGAUCGACAUAGAGAAGUGGCCCGCGAGCAUCCUGCUGAAAUUCAACCCCACACCAAGCAACUUCGACAUCAAUAACGUGCAAACCCCGACAUCCGUUGGCCUGCGGCCCGGUGCACCGGAGAGAAGUGUGAUGCCUCUGUGCUACAAGGACCUGGGGCCGGCGGACAGACUGGUGUGACGGGGAGGGAGGGUUGCAGAGGAGGGUUGCAGAGCGGUCAGGAUAUCCACAUCGAUGUGGUGGAGAGGGUCGGAGAGCAGGAUACGGAUGGAAAAGAGCAGGAUAGAAAUGUGGGCCCUCCCCCAGCAUAAGGAUGGAAGACAGAGGGCCCAGGAUGGCGCCAUAUUGGCGGACGGGUCGACGCCAGCCCACCAAGGAUAAGGAUGGCGGAGGGAAGGGGAUGCAGUCCCCAGGAUGCGGCUGUUGGGUGUGUGCCUCUUUGAUGCGAAAAAGGGGUGUAGGAUGUAUCCAACCGACAGGACACGUGCCUGUGGCCCAGCCAGAUGCGAUGAUGGGGCACCAUUCUAGACCCCUCCCGUGUUUACAUACCUACACACAUAUUAGGUCAGGCGCUACUGGUAGAGCACACACCGAUGCCCCCGGAGGAUCCGGGAUCGAGACCUGUCACGGUGAAGAUUCCUUGCAUUGGUUAAAUGUCUUAGUGCUCCUAGUCGAUGGACGGUAAUAACCGGGGAUAAAGGUGAUCUGCGGGUUGAGCCACUGUUGAUCCGGCAAAUUGGAUGCCGGUGGUGGGUGCUGAUCCUGAGGGAUCCACUAGAAGUUGGCACAUACACGAAGUAACAAAUGACAGGCAUGCAUGGUACAGUAAUGUCUCCAUGUCUUUUGAAUAACAAGCUUAGGUGUGCUGCAGCUAGGGUUGACAAGAAACCAGCUGGUCAUUAAUUGGCCGCUGGAAAGGCCUCUCAAGAUACUGCCGCCAAAGAUCGCCCCAAGCUUAGCAUGUAUAUAUUAUUAGGGACGAUGUGUGUGUCGUACCAUACGGCAGGUACUACACUUUGAAGGCGGAUAUAUGCACAAGCUCCAUCUCCAUAGAGCCCCAUGCAUCCGCAUGUUGGUAUGUGUGCAGGCAAAUAGCAUGCCAUCAGUGGUAAUCUAUAGACUACCACUAUAAUGGUAUACUGCAUCACACAUCUGGAGCGGGUUAAAUCCUUUGAGUGAUAAAUGGAUGGAGUCCAGGGAGUCCCUCCGAACUCCCGAUCGGGAAGGUCUGGAGCUUUUUAGCGCAAAGACAUUAUUGUGAUUAGGAUUGUAUGUCACCUAGAAUGGAGCUCUGGCUGCUUAUUAUGCAGUUUGUGAGCGGGCUGGGCUGGCGACGGCUCUUGCUGGUCUUCUUACCGUGGUGGGUGGCCCCUCCUCCUAGGUUUGAGGCCUCAAACAUUUCUGCUUCUCCGAAGUGCCUGUUGCCAGCUAUGCCAUCAGCCUGUACAUAUGCUUCAACGUUUCUCCUUAAUCACAACAAGUCUAGGCGCGGUGUCUAAAGGCACCGAAUGCAAUACACCAGCGAAGAUGGAGCCAUCCGAUGUACGAUCCGUACUAUUGUACGAUGACACAUCACAUCUUUUUUUGAGACGGCAGCGAGGCGCAAGCUCGAAAGUCUUAGGAAAGCAUUUCUUCCAGUGCUGCUGGCGCGGAAACAUGCAGUAGUUGUUGUGUUACUGUGUAUGUAUGUAUGUAUAUAUGUACGUGUAACCACGCACCCUCCCC